GCUCUACAACAGUAUUCAAUAAAAUUGCUGUCAAAAAUUUGAGAAGUAUGUGUUCCUUAAAAUGGAUUACGAUCAUGCUGUUGCUUACAACGUCAUGGUGUAAUUACUCUAGUGGUUGCAGUUGCAGUCAAGAUAGUUCUAAAGAAAGCUUGAAAAGUUUUGAAACACUGUCGUCCACCAGGAAUUCAGAUGAUGAUACAGGAAAAAAAUCAUUCAUACAAAGCAAUGGAGAAAUAACUUCCAUACGAAAUACGCCGUCAGAAGAAAAACAGCAAUUUAUAAUUGUGUAUCCCGGAGAGAAUACAGGCAAGAGAGAAAUCGUAGAUUCAGCUGGAAAGGUGAAAUUUCUGUUACCAGUUGAACCUGAAAGAAAAAGUCGACAUUUCUUUUCAAGAUCAAAGAGAACUUCAUCAAAGAAGUAGACAAGAUAAUUCGAACGAUGCAAAAUGAAACAGAUAUUUUUAUCCUCAAAUAAAAAAUUGAAUUCAGGCAACGAAAUCGUUUUCCAGUGUUUCUGAUAAUCAAUGUUAAAUGAAAAUUCCAUAAAUAAAGGUCCAUCGAGUCAAUCAUAAA